AUGGCUUCUGCAUCACCAUCCUUCCCUCCGGAAUGCCUCGCUGCUGCUGCCACGCCGCCGCUGAAAGCCGCUGUACAUGAGAAGUUGAGGCGGAGCGGAGGACUCGAGGGACUUGGUGGCCUGGCAUCGGUGCACUUCCGCCCGUUGAAGAAGGAGGACCGCAAGGAGCUAGAGCAGCUUCACCGCGAGUGGUUUCCGGUGGCCUACCCUGCGAGCUUCUAUGACGAGGUCUUCCAGAGUCGCACGGUGCAGAGCCUUGCUGCGAUUGCUGGUGACAUCCUCCUUGGUGCCGCCACCUUUCGAACGACCUUUGCCGAGCCCCGAUUCGACAUGACCUCGGUCCUGCAAGGUGGUCUCCGGUCCUGCAUGGAGGGCUACGCAGGCUACAUUCUGACGCUGGGGGUCGUGGAUGGCGCUCGGGGGCAUGGCCUGGCGAAGGCUUUGCUGCAGCAAUCCAUCGCACGGAUCAAGGCAGUGCUCCCCAAGGUUCAGGCGAUCUGGGUACAUGUGGCCUGCUACAACCAGCAGGCAAAGGCGCUCUACGAGAGUCAAGGCCUGCGGCUGGUGCGCUGCUUCCCUCGCUUUUACAGCUUCUACGAUAAGUCCUGGGACUCGCUGCUCUACGUCCUCUACAUGAACGGCGGGAAGCCACCAGACAGCUUGCCACUCCAGGUGGUCCAAGAUGAGAUUGCAGCCACCUUGAGCUGCCACAGUUUCGGCGAGCUCUCGGUGAGGCCUGGCAGCACGCUGCGGCUGCCGAUGCAGAUCUGCAAGGAAGAGCUGACGGCGACGUGCGCACCUGCCAGGAGGGACGGACAAGCUCGAAGCCUUGCAAGUGGUCGCUCCGCGGUGGUGGAGCCCCAGCUCUCAAAGGAGGCUACGACGACUUCCGCUGCUGCAGAUCUUUCCCAGUUCCCUGCAGAACGUGCAGCCGACGUGCUCCAAGUCGGCUCUGGGAGAUUCAUCACGGCAUUGAUAAAAAGAGGUUCCCAGCUGUCUUGUUUGCAGGUGGAUGUUGAGGAUUCAGAGCCCGUUUUGGUCGAAGACGACCCAAAGAGCCGGGUGCGCACCUAUGAGGGCAUCCUUGUCUCCACCCUGGAGGAAGAGCCGCUGGAGCCAGUGGCCGAGCUGGAGCCGGAAGGCACAGCCACGAUCCAGGGGCUCGCCAUGUUGCGCCACGAGAUCGAGGAAGUGGGUGGCCGAGCUCGUCUCGUGAACGUCAUCCGGAGCAGUAGUCGCUUUGCGAUUGUCGUCAGUCCAUACUUUCAGCCAAACAUGGCUGUCGUGCAUUCCUUGCACCUAUCCUUGUCCCCCCGGCGGCCAAGGAGAACACAGCUCCCAUUCGUCGGGAGCGGUACGAAGAGGGACGCGCGAGCGUCCACGAUGAAAUCGGGUGAUAUUUGGCGGCUGACCCAGGAGAGGCGACGGGCGCCCAAGCCCAAGUUCUCCAAGUCGGGGUCCACCGGCAUGCUUCCGGCCGCUGAGUCUCGACUGCAGCUUGGAGUUGGGCUUUCGACCAGAGCCGAACACUGA